CCCGUCUGAGUCCGUCAGGGAUUAGGGUCCCGCACGGGUCCGGGGAGCGGGGCAAAUAGUAACGGGAGAGUGUCGUCUCCCACCCUAGUUUACCUCCCUCUCCCCCGAGACGGGUCUGUGAGUACCAGGCCCGGAGGCGGCGGAAGCUCCUGAGCAUUGUAAGUAGGCAAAUAUUAGAAGAAGAAUACUUGCCAUGAAGAUGCUUUUCCGGGUCAGCUGGCCAUUCCAGCGCAUGGCUCCUGCUCCCUCCUGUUGUAGGCGGAGUUCCCCCGCGCUGAGGAGGGUCUACCGGGUCGGCCGACUCCUUCACACUGCCGGGACGAUUCGGAGCGACAGGGCCGCCCCGGUUUUCACCAGAGCUUUGGCCUUUGGGGACAAAAUUGCCAUCGCUGACCAGCGUGGGCAGUACUCCUACAAAGACCUCUACUUCAAGAGCCUCCGCUUGUCCCAGCACAUCUGUAGAUUGCGCGAUUGUCCCGAUGGAGACGUUAAAGAAGAAAGAAUCUCUUUCAUUUGCUCCAAUGACGUUUCUUACGUCGUGGCCCAGUGGGCCUCCUGGAUGAGCGGAGGCAUUGCCGUGCCUCUUUAUAGGAAGCACCCAGCUUCCGAGCUGGAGUACUUCAUCCAAGAUUCCCAGAGCUCGUUGGUCAUUGCAGGAGAAGAGUAUGUGGAUCUCCUAACCCCCGUCGUCAAGAAGAUAGGGGUUCAGCUUCUGCCACUGACGCCCGCUGUCUUCGACAGUGGGAGAGGUGAGCAGGCAGCAGAACUCUGUCCAGAGAGAGAGUGGAAAGACAGAGGUGCCAUGAUCAUCUAUACAAGUGGGACUACAGGAAGACCAAAGGGAGUCCUUAGUACGCACCGGAACAUCAGAGCCGUGGUUACUGGGCUGGUUGACAAAUGGGCCUGGACAAAAGAAGAUGUGAUCCUCCAUGUACUUCCUCUCCACCAUGUCCACGGGAUAGUCAAUAAGCUGCUCUGUCCCCUCUGGGUGGGAGCUACUUGUGUCAUGCUGCCGGAAUUCAAUGCUCAUGAGAUAUGGGAAAAGUUCUUAAGUUCCAAAGCUCCACGGAUCAAUGUCUUCAUGGCAGUGCCCACAGUAUACUCCAAGUUGAUGGAUUAUUAUGACAGACAUUUUACCCAACCUCACGUCCAGGAUUUUGUGCAUGCAGUUUGUAAAGACAAAAUCAGGUUAAUGGUUUCAGGAUCAGCAGCCUUGCCAGUACCCGUUUUAGAGCGAUGGAAGACUAUCACGGGGCACACUUUACUGGAGAGGUACGGAAUGACUGAGAUUGGCAUGGCGCUGUCAAAUCCCCUGAAUGGAACUCGUGUCCCAGGUUCUGUGGGAACUCCACUGCCAGGCGUAGAAGUACGCAUUGCUUCUGAGAACGUGAAGGAGGAUCGUCCUUUAAUCAUCUAUGCCCAAGGAAAUGAGAAGGAAACAAAGGUGACACCUGGCUCCGAGGGUAAAGAAGGAGAACUUCUGGUCAAGGGGCCCUCGGUGUUUCGAGAGUACUGGAACAAGCCUGCAGAAACCAGAAACGCUUUCACUCCUGAUGGCUGGUUUAAAACAGGAGAUACAGUUGUAUUUCGGGAUGGCAGAUACUGGGUCUUGGGUCGGACUUCUGUGGACAUCAUCAAAAGCGGAGGUUACAAAAUCAGUGCCCUGGAAAUCGAGCGACACUUGCUGGCUCACCCCAGCAUAAUGGAUGUGGCGGUGCUCGGCGUUCCUGAUAUCACAUGGGGCCAGAGGAUCAGUGCUGUUGUAAAGCUUCAAGAAGGUGACUCACUGUCUUACAAGGAGCUAAAAGAGUGGGCAAGAGAUCGCAUGGCUCCCUACACCAUCCCUUCGGAACUUCUCCUGGUGGAGGAAAUCCCACGAAACCAGAUGGGGAAAAUCAAUAAGAAGGACCUCCUCAAGCAGUUCUACCCGGCAUAAGGGCCUUGGGAUCUACAGGGAAGGAAGCGGCAUGUCAAAUGCAGGGCCCCUUGCUGGGACCCGCCUCAAGAUUAGAGAGACCAGCGCCAUGUUCCCUUAAAUCACCUGUCCCUGGUCUUGGGGUUGAUCGGUUUAGUUUGAUCACUGUCUUAGUUUGGCUGAAAAAUCGAGGAUCUUACAAAUGUACUUGCUUCUCUUCCAUUCUGACAGGACAAACAAGACAGCUGUUCUCUGCUCUGUCCAUGCAGUCAGUUGUUACCAAACAUUCUCAGAAACGAAUGCCACACACUGAAGGUUCAAUAAGGGAAUGUGAAAUGGGGAUCCUUCUCCUUCAGGUCCUCUCCUCCCAUAUCCAGGGGCUGAUUACUUAGAACCUGGGGUAUCCAGAUUUAUUUUCAGCAACAGACCUGGUAUUGCUGUUGGCUGGAACAAAUGAAUUAAGUUGAAUUGAAAGCUCCAGGAGGCAGCCACAUGACUGUAAGCAGUGAAACUGAGGAGGAAAUACUGUAUUCUAAACAAAAUUAAAUAAAAAGUCUCAGUCUGAGGCAUCCA